UUUCCUCAUAUAAAGAGCCCGCGCGUGAUGUCGAUCGCUUAAUCACGCGGGCAAACCGAUCGAUUCACCGUACCGAUCCAUUCUCUCCAACAACCCUUUCGUUUCUUCACGUCGAACGUCGAGUUUACAUGGAAAUGAACAAUGAAAUGCAGCGUGGACAUCAAAAUCCAGCGUUCGUCGCGGAUGAAACGGAAUACGAGGCUGGCUACAGGAAGCACAGGGAAUCGGAAGUGGAGGAGAUCGAAACGAGGGGCACAUGGAACAACAGCAUAGAGUUCCUGAUGUCCUGUAUCGCCAUGUCCAUCGGGUUCGGCAAUAUCUGGAGGUUCCCGUUCACGGCGUACGAAAACGGGGGCGGUGUUUUCCUCAUACCUUACAUCAUCGUGUUGUUUCUCGUCGGGAAACCGUUCUACUAUUUGGAAAUGAUAAUAGGACAGUUCUCUUCGUCAUCGUUCAUCAGGGUGUGGAACGUGUCCCCUGCAUUUGUCGGCGUUGGCUGGGCUCAAUUCUAUUCGACCAUCGCUUUGAUGACUUACUACAGCUCACUGAUGUCUUUGACGCUGUAUUUUUUAAUCGCGUCCUUCUCCGCCGAGCUGCCCUGGUCGAAAUGUAGGGAAGAAUGGGGUAAAUACUGCGUGGAUUCUGGCCACAAAGUGAACAAUAACGGUAGUACCUUCGACGCUGGACCCGGAACAGCCAGCGCGUUUCAUCUGUUGAGCGACGAGCAGUACAGAAGCUCGGCCGAAUACUACUUUACAAAGGUUGUUCUCCAGGAGAAGGACAGUAUCGCCGAUGGAAUAGGGUUGCCGGAUUGGAGUUUGACUCUCUGUCUGCUAGUUAGUUGGCUCUCGGUGACUCUGGUUACUUCCCAGGGGGUGAAAAGUUCGGGGAAAGCUUCCUACUUCCUCGCGAUUUUCCCCUACAUCAUUUUGCUCUGCCUCCUGAUCAGAGCGGUGACCCUCGAGGGCGCUGGAACCGGUAUCUUGUACUUCAUCACGCCUAAAUGGUCGAAACUUUUGGACCCGUCGGUCUGGUACGCCGCCGUGACUCAAUGCUUCUUCUCUCUUUCCGUUUGUUUCGGAUCUAUCAUCACCUAUUCGUCGCACAAUGACUUUAAGCACAACAUAUACAGAGACGUGAUGAUCGUGACUAGUCUCGACACGGUGACGAGCCUAAUAGCGGGUUGCACGAUUUUUGGAAUUCUUGGGAAUCUCGCGCACGAGAUGAACGCGACGGACAUUAACAAAGUGGUCAAGUCUGGCGCUGGUUUGGCGUUUGUCUCCUAUCCCGAUGCUAUCGCGAAAUUCUCUUUCCUGCCACAGCUGUUCGCGGUUUUAUUUUUCGUGAUGAUGUUUGUCUUGGGGGUCGGCAGUAUCGUGGGAAUGGUGUCCGGCGUAGUCUGCGCCUUGAAGGAGAAGCUACCCAACCUGAAAUUCUGGCAGAUCGUACUUCCAGUGUGUCUAGUGGGAUUUUCUGUCAGCACGAUAUACGUGACACCGGGCGGCCAAUUCUUGUUGACGCUGGUCGAUUAUUAUGGCACUUCGUUUGUCGUCUUUAUCCUGGCAUUCUUCGAAAUCACAGCGGUGAUGUGGUUAUAUGGCAUAGAGAAUUUCGUAGACGAUCUCGAGUUCAUGAUGGACAAAGAAACGAGCAGCUAUUGGAGAAUCUGUUGGUUCUUCGUGACACCAUUAAUUUUAAUAGUAAUCUUCCUUUAUACCGUCGCAACCCUAUCACCGGUGACUUACGGUGGAAAAGAAUUUCCGACGUCAGCUCACAUUGCCGGUGGAGUUCUACUUUGCUUCAGCGUCUCCCAAAUACCGUUGUGGAUGAUAGCGCAACUGAUGAAGAACAGACGACUGCCAUUCUUGAAGAAUUUAAAUGCGUCGUUCAUGCCGUCGUUGAAAUGGGGGCCAAGGGGAACCAAGUGUAAAAAGAGCUGGCUCCUUUUCAAGGAAGAAAGAAAAAGGGAGAGGAGUCUGAGGACGCAGCCCAGGUGGCUUCAGUUAGUUUACAUCUUGUUCCGUGUAAAACCAAAAUAAAAAGGAGAUACGCUUAGUGACAGGCGUUGAAAGCUAGGUCCUCCAGUUGUUCCGAAAAAGAAUGAUCACCUUUGAUCGACGGCGAAGUGCUUCGUCGAUCGAUAUCUCGUUGGUAAAGCUAAUUAUUUGUAAAUUUCGUGGAACGUUUGAUACUCUAGAAAAUCGGAAGAUCUUAUCUUGGAUCAAAAGACUUACGAUCACUUCAGAAACAGACGAUAAAAAUUACGACAACGAAAUGUAAAUCUACGCACUCCCAAUACACGACUGUUUAACAUAAUUAGGCUUAGCAUGUUUAUUUAAAAAUGAAGUCUAGUACGAAACACGCGAAAAUCGGUGGAUAUCUUGUCAGUUGCAUCCAUCGAAAUCCGCAUACUAUUGUUAUCUUUAAUCACCGAACAACGCUCUCAUAAUUCUUGAUCUUUUCUUACUCGAAUUCAUCCGCGAUAUCCUCUUCGCGUUCUUAAACUCUUUCCAUUCUUUGUACUUUGUCGGAUCCUUCGGACCCCAUUCGGAAUUUGGUUUGAGGAUCUAAAAAUGUAAAGAAAAAUAGAUUCCAAAUAUCUCGUUGCUUUAUUCUCUUUAUUGCUUACGUCCAGAGGAGGCUUGUCUCUGUUCUGAAUCCUGGUAAUAACGACCCACAGAGGAAACUGUACCACUCCCAAUCCCAAAAGUACCCAUCCAGCCGCUGAAACAGCACGAGCGCGUUCAGGAAACGAUCAUUAUACAUUCGUUUUCUUUGAAUACGUCUCCCUACCGUAAGCUGAAGUCGUAUAAUAUUCGCCGUUGUACUUGAGGGGCGACAGCUCGAGCAGGAAAUAAAUUAAAAUCGUGAAGAGCGAUAACGGAGUGGCGAAAUUCCAGCAGAAUCUCCAGUAAAAAGACGGUCGAGUGCCUACCAUGAAUUCCACGUCGUCCAAAAGGUUGUCGACACCUGCGUGGUAGGAACAAUUGAUAAAACACUUCUCGCCGAUGAUAUUGUGCGACCGGAAAGAUGGACAAACCUUACC